AUGGUCCACCAGCUGGUUAUUUUGUCUGGCCUGAUCGUGGCAGCUCAAUCCAUGGUGCUGCAUCCAGCUCCUUUGCCACUGUUCUUGGCUCAAUAUCCCGAACCGAACUACAGUUUCGCGUAUGACGUGAACGAUGCCCAUACUGGAGAUAUUAAGAGCCAGCAGGAGAGCAGACGAGGAGACAUCGUCAUUGGCCAAUACUCCUUAGUACAGCCUGACGGUAUCAAGAGAACUGUCGAUUAUACUGCUAACGAUAACACAGGAUUCCUUGCCACCGUCAACAAUCAAUUCGUCGUUCUUUUCGCCGUGAUGGCCGUCGCCGCUUGCUCGGACUACUCCAGCUUCUCUUACGGUGUAGCUGAUCCCUACACUGGUGACUUCAAGAGCCAAGUUGAAAGCCGUGCUAACAACAACGUUCUUGGACAAUACUCCCUCUUGGAAUCCGAUGGCACUCGCCGUACUGUUGACUAUGCUGCUGGCGCUCAGGGUUUCAACGCUGUUGUAAGGAAAGACCCUGCCCUGGUCGCUGCUGCUCCCAUCUCUUACGCUGCUGCUCCAAUCUCUUACGCUGCUGCCGGCUACCCUUACGGAUACUCUUCUCCCUACGCUUACUCCAAAUUCGGCGCCUACCCCUACAGCUAUGGCUACCCCUACGGACAGUACAUUACAGAGGAGUGGAUGGAAAGGGAAGUUGUGUAUUCACUGUGCAGCAAAAACAAACGUUUCAAAAUGUCAGCUAAGUUCGUCGUACUUGCAUGCUUGGUGGCUGCAGCGCAAAGCAGCGCUAUCCAUGGCGCAGACUACACCAGCUUCUCAUAUGGCGUAGCUGACCCCCACACCGGUGACGUCAAGAGCCAGCACGAAACCCGCGUCGGCGGCAACGUCGUCGGCCAAUACUCUCUGUUGGAGUCUGACGGUACCCGCCGUACUGUGGACUACGCUGCUGACGACCACUCCGGUUUCAACGCCAUCGUGCGCAAAGACCCAGCCUUGAUCGGACACGUUGCUCCCGUUGUCGCCGCUCCGGUCGCGCACGCCGCUCCGGUCGUCGCGGCCGCUCCUCUCGCCUACGCCGGAUACGGCGCACACGCCGCUGCCCCUGCUGUAGCAUACGCUGCCGGUCCUUCAGUUUCAUACUCCGCAUCUUCAUCCUCUGUUGCCCACGGAGGCUACGGCGCUCCCGUCGCUCACGGUGCCAUCGCUGCUCCCCUGGCUUUAGGCUACGGAGCUGUCGCCGCUGCUCCCCUCGCUUUAGGUCACGGUGCUAUUGCUCCCUUGGCUUUAGGUCAUGGUGCGGCUUUAGGCCAUGGUGCGCUCGCCGGUCCCUGGGCCCGUGCUGCGGCGUACGGAGCUCACGGUCUCGGACACUACUAAGCGAAAAACCUCUCUAUUAGGAAUUUAUUUAUGUACCUACGUAAUUAAUAAUUAUGACGAUGG